UUUUUGAUUAUGAUUAUUAUUUUAUCUGAUGAGUUUAUCUGCCGUCCACGCCAUUUCCUGACAGCUCAUGGUCAGCCCGACUUUGUUAUGACCCGCAUGUGUAGUUUUCUUUCAAAUCCCAUGAUCGGAUGAUCCUGUUGUUUAACAGUUUAAUGCAGUGUUUGUGAGUGUCUAGAAGUAGGUAAAUAGUGGCUGUUUUACUUUUAUAGGACCCGAAGUUUGAACACCCAGAGAGCUGAAAUCUUUAAAACAUGACGAAUCCUUCGGAACGUCUACGGCCCCUAAGCGAGCCUAAAUUGUCCACGUAUCGAGAUUCUUAUCCUGUUCCUGCUCAGUGGGCGAACAUCAACUGGAAAAGGAUGUCAUGGAAGGAGCAGAUUAGCUUCUGGUAUCUCAAGUACCUCAUUGCCACAUCCACCUUUAUGCUGGAGCCGUGGGAGCGCCGUGUGUUUGAUGCCUUCCUGUUGGGAUUUAUUUUCAUGACCACCUACGCUUGCUAUCUGUACUUGCCUGCCUACGGAUCCCGUUUUUUUGCCCAUUUCUAUGCUUUUAUCAGCGAUGUUUGCUAUCGUUUGUCACAAUUAAUGUUUUCUACUUCAGGGUCUAGUGAGGAGCGUAGUUAUGGAACUUUUUGAAAGCGGAUCCAGUCUGUCAUUUAUCCUGCCUAGCUCAUAAAUUUUUGAUGUCACAAAUCUUGCAUUCCCUGGUAUUUCUGACUGUUUUUACUUGGUUUUAAUUUUUUAGCAGAUGCCUGUGUUUAUCCUGUCUUGACAUUCUCUUCAUAGAUCUGAAAUCAAGGUGUUUGCCUGUGGUAUCGCAUUCAGUCUUGUCUCUCUUUCGGUGUUCCACAUAAAUUUAUUAAAAGUCGACGGAAUCGGUUCAUGUCGUCGGUUUG